CCGCUGCCCGGGCCGCCGUGCCGGUGGAUGUCAAAGGCUGAAGCGGCGGCGCCGCCACAGUAUAACUCGUGGGGGCUGCGCGGCGGCCAUGGCCACAGCCGCCUCCAACCCCUACAGCCUCCUCGGCUCCGGCUCGCUCGCCCAUGCGGACGGCGCGGGCAUGCAGCAGGGGAGCCCCUUCCGCAACCCGCAGAAGCUGCUGCAGAGCGAGUACCUGCAGGGCGUCCCGGGCAAUGGGCACCCGCUGGGGCACCACUGGGUGACCAGCCUCAGCGACAGCGGGCCCUGGCCCUCGGCGCUGGCCGGCGGCCCGCUGGAGCAGCCCGACGUGAAGCCGGGCCGCGAGGACCUGCAGCUGGGCGCCAUCAUCCACCACCGCUCGCCCCACGUCUCCCAUCACUCGCCCCACGCCAACCACCCCAGCGCCUGGGGCGCCAGCCCGGCCCACAGCGCCUCGCUGGCCCCCCCCGCCGCAGCCGCCGCCGCCGCCGGGCAGCCCCUCAACGUGUAUUCGCAGGCGGGCUUCGCGGUGGGCGGCAUGCUGGAGCACGGCGGGCUGACCCCGCCGCCCGCCGCCGCGCAGGGCUUGCACCCGGGGCUGCGGGGCGAGGGCGGCGGGGAGCACGGAGAGCUGGGCGGGCACCACUGCCAGGACCACUCGGACGAGGAGACGCCGACCUCGGAUGAGCUGGAGCAGUUCGCCAAGCAGUUCAAGCAGCGGCGCAUCAAGCUGGGCUUCACCCAGGCCGACGUGGGGCUGGCCCUCGGGACCCUCUACGGGAACGUCUUCUCGCAGACCACCAUCUGCCGUUUCGAGGCCCUGCAGCUCAGCUUCAAGAACAUGUGCAAGCUGAAGCCGCUGCUGAACAAGUGGCUGGAGGAGGCCGACUCCUCCACCGGCAGCCCCACCAGCAUCGACAAGAUCGCGGCGCAGGGGAGGAAGAGGAAGAAGCGCACCUCCAUCGAGGUGAGUGUCAAGGGCGUGCUGGAGACGCACUUUCUCAAGUGCCCCAAGCCGGCUGCCCAGGAGAUCUCCUCGCUGGCAGACAGCCUGCAGCUGGAGAAAGAGGUGGUGCGGGUCUGGUUCUGCAACCGGCGGCAGAAGGAGAAGCGGAUGACCCCGCCGGGCGAGCAGCCGCAGCACGACGUCUAUUCCCACGGCGUGAAAACGGACACGGCCUGCCACGACCUCUGACCGGGGCUGUCCGGGCAGGCAGGACUGCGGGCAGCGCGGAUUUUCCGCCGGGGCUUUAACUUAUGGUUUCCGAGAGGCAGGAGACGCGGAGCGGGGGCUCCCCGCCCGCCGCCUGGGCAAUAUUUUUUCUCUCUCCGACCUUUCCGCUGAUCAGUGCACGGUGUUUACUCGCAGACAAGGUUUGGUUUCGGUCACUACUAAGACGAAGGGGAAAAAAAAACCAAACAAAAACAAAACACACACAAAACGGGGGGGGGGGGGGGGAAAAAGAAAAAAGAAAAAAAGAAAAAAAAAGAACUCACGGGAAAAAAGGAGAAAAAAAAAAACCCGACAGAAAAGGAAAGACAGAUGUGUGCCUAUGAAUAACCUUCCAGCGCCUUGGUUAUAUCAGCUGUAUUUCAGGUGAAUCUGUUUUACAAUAGACUAGUUUUGCAUUUUUAAAGACUUAUAUAGCGUUUUUAAAUGUCUGAGGUGUUUUACUACAAACUGUACACAAUAUUUGUGACCUAAUUUGUAUCGAAUUGAGCAGGCAAAACGUUUCUCCCUUCCCCACGCACCGGCAAUGUCACUCAGUGGGGACGGGGCAGGGUGGCUGCGGCCCUUCCCCCUCUCCAGCUCCCUCCCCCACCCCCCCGAGGAAUGGGGUUCCCCUCCGCGCCCGCGGAGCCCCGCGCACCCCACUGCCGCCCGCGCGGUUCUGAAGAACGGGCUUAUUUGUUGCAGCUUUUCUCUUCCUUUUUCAGGAACGUCCCAACACCGUAAACCGGUCGGGUUCCAAUCCUGACCUCCACUCUCUUCUCCCAAGGAAAAAAAAAAAGAAAAUAAUUAUUUAUAAGAGAUUUAUCAUAAAUUAAGCACCACAAACAAACCCGUGGCAUUUGCCAGUCGCUUUCUUUCCGAAGAUGAGUUGGGCUUUUUGAUCAGCGCCAGACUGAGAGGUCUGUAGUAAAACACCUUUAUACUCCUGCGCUUUGGCUUCGGAAAUCGGUUUCUCUGUAUUUUGUUUCGAUAGUGAAGAGGAAAGGGGGGGUCUCAUGAUUUCUUUUUGGAGGGGAGAGGGACAGCAAACACCCGCAUUUGGUUCACGCUGAGCUUAUUUCCGUGUCACAGGGAGAUGCUGGAUUUGUUGAAAAGCUUUUAUUAAGAAAAACAAAAACAAAACACCGCAACCACGAACAGGGAGGAAAAAACAAAACAAAGAAAAAGUCACUAAAAUGCUACAACCACCCCAGUUUUUGGGCACGGGGAGGUGCUGACCUGGAGCCGGCCCCCCCCCAGUUGUGUUGCACACAGGGCCGGGUGCACAGCGCCCACAAACCCACUCGCAAGAGGGAAUUGCUGCGCGGGUGCGUAUGCGGGAGCGCACGGCCGUGGUCACCCCCUGCUCCCGCACCCUCCCCGCGGCCGGGCUGGCUCGGGGCCGCCGGGCAGGACCGGGCCGGGCCCCCCCAGGGUCCCCGCAGGACCCCUCCGGGGCCCAGUGCGGCCCCACUCUGCAUCCGCGCCCCGCUCCGCGGCUCCCCGCACAGCCCCAAUCCCUCCCCGGCGCUCAGAUUUUUUCCUUUCAACAUUUAUAUUUUUCAAGUAUUUUUCAGUAAGCGCUAAAGAAAAAAAAAAAAAAAAAAAAUUUAAAAAAAAAGAAAAAAUUAAAAACAAAGAGAAAAAGAAACUCGACACUGAGGACCUGCCUAUUUCUGCCAACUUUAUAACUGUACAGUUUUGUAUAUUAAACGUUUUUUGGAAGUUAUUAAUUUAAAGAAAGAUCAUUUAGUUUAUUCAUUUAGUAACUGAUGUAUAAUAAACGCUAUUUUCAUUAAAGGUUGCUUUUUUCAACUAUUUUAUCCAAAAUUGCCUAUUGCAGUUGCCAACAAUUAUUUAUUUUCAAUAAAUUCCGCAUUAUGUUAAAAAAAAAA